AGCCAAUCACUGACCAGUUACAAUACGGGUGGUGUAAAAACAACUUGUUUACUAUCGGACUUCGAAGGGAGAAGUUGAAAUCCAAGAUGGCUGCUGGAGACAACGGCGGUCGGGCCCCGUGUUUAAAUUUCCCCUCUCCCGGUCCGCUGGGUAACAGUCAACCGAGCAAUAGUUCCUAUACUUUGGCAGCAAGUAACGGAGGAUCCAUCGGGGCAAACGGAAGCUCCCAGAGCGCGACGAGACGCUCGAACCCUCAGCCAGGGCCUAACGGCUCCGAAAGCAGCGGUGUCGCCUCUGGGCUUCCUCCGAAUAUGCGCAACUCUCUCCCGCAGUCCAUGGCUCAGGGCUCGGUGGUUGCUGGGGCGAUCGGGGGGUCAAUAGCGGCCACAGUGGCGUCGAACAUGAUCGGACUAGCGUCAAAUUCAGGGCCGACCCCCGCGACCCAUUCCUCACUUUCUGCCCCUCCGGCUGCAGCAGCGGUUCUGGUUUACCGAGAGCCCGUGUAUAACUGGCAGGCUACAAAAAGUACUGUGAAGGAAAGGUUUGCGUUUCUCUUUAACAACGAGGUUCUAAGCGACGUUCACUUUCUGGUGGGUAAAGGAAUGGGCGUACAGCGCAUACCUGCUCACAGGUUUGUUUUGGCAGUCGGCAGUGCUGUAUUUGAUGCCAUGUUUAAUGGAGGUAUGGCCACCACCUCUACGGAGAUUGAGCUGCCAGACGUAGAGCCUGCUGCUUUCCUGGCUUUGCUCAAGUUCCUGUACUCCGAUGAGGUUCAAAUCGGCCCGGAGACCGUGAUGACCACUCUGUACACGGCAAAGAAGUACGCUGUCCCGGCACUGGAGGCUCACUGUGUGGAGUUCCUGAAGAAGAACCUGCGUGCUGACAACGCCUUCAUGCUCCUCACGCAGGCCAGGCUUUUUGAUGAACCUCAGCUGGCCAGUCUGUGUCUUGAGAACAUUGACAAAAACACAGGUGAUGCUCUGGCUGCUGAGGGCUUCACAGAUAUAGAUCUGGACACGCUUGUAGCUGUGCUGGAGCGAGACACGCUCGGGGUGCGGGAGGUUCGGUUGUUUGGAGCGGCGGUGCGUUGGGCUGAAGCAGAGGCUCACCGGCAGCAGUUACAGCCCACACCUGAGAACAAGAGACGCGUUCUGGGGAAAGCCCUCACCCUCAUCCGCUUUCCUCUAAUGACCAUAGAGGAGUUUGCCGCCGGUCCUGCUCAGUCAGGAAUUCUGACAGACAGGGAGGUGGUCAGUCUGUUCCUCCACUUCACAGUGAACCCCAAACCACGAGUGGAGUUCAUCGACCGGCCACGCUGCUGUCUGCGCGGAAAAGAGUGCAGCAUCACACGAUUUGCCCAGGUGGAGAGCCGCUGGGGAUACAGCGGGACUAGCGACCGUAUCCGGUUCUGUGUAAACCGUAGAAUAUUUGUCGUAGGCUUUGGGCUGUACGGGUCUAUACACGGACCCACGGACUAUCAGGUGAACAUACAGAUCAUUCACACAGACAGUAACACAGUCCUUGGUCAGAACGACACAGGUUUCAGUUGUGAUGGCUCAGCGAGUACCUUUAGGGUCAUGUUUAAAGAGCCAGUGGAGGUUUUGCCCAAUGUAAACUACACGGCCUGCGCUACUCUCAAGGGUCCAGACUCCCAUUAUGGCACUAAAGGAAUGCGGAAGGUUACCCACGAGUCCUCAGGAGCCGGCACCAAAACCUGUUUCACCUUCUGCUAUGCGGCUGGGAACAACAACGGCACUUCCGUCGAGGAUGGACAGAUCCCUGAGGUCAUCUUCUACACAUAAUGACAAUCUCGUUCUUCCAAAUUCCAGGAGUUUUGGGUCGGGCUACAAAUAGCUCACUUCCAGUUUUGUAAACUAGUCUUUAACUGGAAAAGCUGAACCCGGUGAGUAACACAGUGGAUGGUGGAGAUGUUUAGAGUCCUACACCUUCUCCUAUACUUUCUGAAGAAAAAACAAAACAAAGCUGCACAGAGUUCAUCUGCGUGCUUACUGAUUGAGAAGGAGCCUACUUUGUCCAUGUCGAUUAUAGUAGAACCCAUAGGCUGUGAACUGUUCACCAGCAGACUGACCUUGAGGGUAAUAACUGGAUUGAAGAACUGCUAUUGUGUUACCUGUCUUUUAACAGUUCGUCCAGCAUCUCAUAAGCAGGCAAAAACGUUUUCUGUAUGAGAACUGGAUUAAUCACAAUUUCGUUUAUGCCAGCAGUAGAGAUGAGAUCGAUAUCUGAAGCCUUUCUAGGAUGCAGGGGAAUUCUGCAUGCUCAGGUUUCCCUUAAUUCUGUGCCAAAUCCUUGUGCUUAGAAUACCUCCUUCACAGCCAUUUAACUAGUGCUCAGUGAUGUUCAGCUGUAACACACUGACUCAUCUUUAAGCCAAGCAUCCAGCUCUGUAGAUCACCGCAGGCUGUUGUGUAAAUUAGCAAACGCAGAAGUACUUCAGUGGCAGAGCAUCGGCCCUCCGCUUCUGCCGGGUGUAAAGUGUUAAAUCCUCAUCUCAGUGGUCACUCACUCACGUAAUACAGCGAGUUCUCAUAGGUUAUAGUAUUUGAACAGACUAACACAUAAUCAGCUGGUAAACUGUCUAAUUGUGUGUGUUGCAGUUCAACAACUACAAUGAAUUUUACAUCCAUAAAGGAGGCACAAAAAAAUUAUUUGUCUGUCAGUGAUGAAAAAAUGUAUCACUCGAUUCACAUCCUAAACAGCAGACCGUAUAAAUAUUGCAUCCAUGUACUCUUUGGUCAUUCUUUAUUUAUAAAUUAUAAACUGAAACAUUAAUGGUUUGUGUUGCUUCCAAAUUCUUUGUCAUUUUUCUCCUCGUUUCAGUUUAUUUCUGUUUCCAGCAC